ACCACCGGUACCUUAUCACGACAAACACCACUGAUUAUACUUGUGGACGCCAGCUCGCCGCAGGCAAAUACUCUCAAUUGACUUUUGCUUUCACGCGUGCCUGAAGGUUUAUUGUACAAGUUCUUUGGGCUGUUCAACCAGCAUCAAGCCGCCAAGAUGGGUGUCGCGAAAAAGACAAGAAAGUUUGGCGCAGUAAAACGCAUGAUCGGAAAGCGCGAUGAGCGCCUAAAGAAGCCCAAAGUCCCCGAAGGCGGCAGCGGCAAGGCCAAGGCCGGCCCGAGCACAUCCGCCCCCGGCGCCGGCGAGCCCGUCCGACAAGUCACAGCCGCACCUAAGGGUCUCUUCUUCAGCCACAACGAGAACAUCGUGCCGCCAUAUAACGUGCUGGUCGAUACGUCCUUCAUCACCCACACCGUCGGCGCCAAGAUCGAGCUGCUCGAGGGCCUCAUGGACUCGAUGUACGCCACUUGCCGACCCAUCAUCACCGAUUGCGUUAUGGCUGAGCUCGAGAAGCUGGGGCCAAAGUACCGCAUAGCGCUCAGGAUUGCUCGCGACGAGAGGUGGGAGAGGCUCAAGUGUGACCACAAGGUUUACGCCGACGACUGCUUGGUGGACAGAGCCGUCAAGAACCGUAUCUACAUAGUGGCCACCAACGAUAGGGAUCUCAAGAGGAGGAUACGCAAGAUUCCGGGUGUGCCUAUAGUCACUUGCGGCCGGAAGAAGUACUUGGUCGAGGGCCUACCUGGUGCACCGACGAAAUGAGCGAGGUUGGUAGUCGACAAGUCUUGACGUGUUUGUGGAAGCAGGGUGGGCAAACUGCAGCACCCGAUAUACGUUGUGGGUUUCAAGCAGAUCGACUGUGCCGUGCCUUGUGCUCGAGCGCUAUGGUUGUAUGAUGCUUGUCUUUACACUGCUUCAUCAUGUUGGUGGGUACAAAAACAUUUGUGAACUUGGAGGUAAAAGAUCGGGGGAUGCAAGCACACAGAGCGACAACGUGUUGCUUUUCGCAGCCCAGUCAGGAUGGUGCGAAGCUACCGCAAAGAGCUAAUGUGGCUAACCAGGAGCCGGAGAAGUAACUGGAUAGAUUUCCUAUUCUCGGUCCGUCGCGUCCCUGUAUGAUUACCUCAAGAUACCCAUCCAUAAUUCUGAUGACCUUAUGCUGCUCUUAACAUGUCGAAUAAAAUAAACUGUGUCAAACAAAACAGUUGAUCACUAUAAUGCGUAUAUUUGGGCAACAUGGUAUCAUGGCAAACAAAACCCAAGACUUAACUGAUG